AUGGCGGCGCCCGAGGAGUCUCUGAGGAGGCGGAAGGCUGGGGACGCGGACCCGCAGCCAAGGUCGCCACCCGCGCAGGGGCCCGACCCCGCGGGCUGCCCGGACCGUCUCCGUGAGGGCACCUUCUGGUUGACCAGGAUUGUGCUCCUGCGGGCUCUCGCUUUCGUUUACUUCGUGGCGUUCCUGGUGGCUCUGCAUCAGAACAAGCAGCUGAUCGGGGACCGCGGGCUGCUGCCCUGCAGGCUGUACCUGGAGAGCGUCCGGCAGCACUUCCAGGGCAGGGUCGGCUGGGAUGCCUGGAGCUACGCGCCCACCGCCUUCUGGCUGCUGGACUGGUCACACAUGGACACCAGCCUGGACGCCUUUGCUGUCCUGGGGCUGGGCAUCUCGUUCUUCGUGCUGGUAACCGGCUGUGCCAACAUGGUGCUCAUGGCUGCGCUCUGGGUCCUCUACCUGUCCCUGGUCAACGUGGGGCAGGUCUGGUACUCUUUCGGUAAGUGAAAGGCACCUAGAACCCCCGAGAGUUAGCGUUGCCUGCCGGGUAUGUAUCUUUACACGCUUGGGG